AUGCCCAACAUGAUCUGCAAGCUCGACGUCCCCCCGCGCUUUUGUUCGAAGAUCCCCGUUGAACUGUACCAGUUUCUCGUGGAAUGUCUCGCCACACCCGUCCCCCACCAGACGACGCUUGCGCGGCUAUGCCGAGUGAACAAGGCAUUCAGGGCGGAGGCAGAACGGGUACUGUACCGCAAUGUCCGAUGUCUCUCAGCCGAGAGCGUCUCCUCGUUCUGCCGCUCGGUGGAGAAGACGAAGGACAGACUGUCGUCUAAAGUGAAAUCGAUUCACCUCACCACCACCGCCAAAUUCCGAAAUGCGCACGGGCUGGAUAACAUACUGGAAGUGCUGGAACGUCUAACGGGACUGAGGGAAGUGUCCUGGGACGACUCGGAAUUCCAUCACCUCGACUACGCACAGAAUCUGCCCGGACCAUUGCACGUCCUCAUCCAAUGCUGCCCAACUCUCGAUUUGCACAGCCUUACGUGCAAUUUUCUGGUCGACCGACGGAUAUUCACUUUCCUUCAGAGCCAGCCAAACCUACACGAGUUUCAGUGCAGAAGUUACCUUUCGUGGAACCCGUACGAACAGGGUUGCCUCCCCGACGGCUUCCUCGCCAACCUGACGACACUGCACGCGCCGGCAUCCUUCGUUGCAAUGCUCCGGGGAGCGACGUUGAAUAUUGCGACGUUAGCCCUGAGUGCCAGCAUGGAUAACGAUAUUGAGGAGCGGGCACUGCUAAACAUGCUCGGCGCCCUCUGCCCGUCGUUGAUCAACCUCAGACUGUACGGCAAUUGGCAAUGCAGCAUGCUCCAAGUGAUGGAAAUCGUCGCGGAGCGCGUCCUCGGCCUGAAGACGUGGGUUUUCCAGGGCCUCGAUCCAGAAAAGCCCAAGAUUUCUGAGCUGUGGGGCAUCGUGACGCGCUUCCGGUCGCUGGAGACGUUGGUCAUGCCCCCGUUCACCUGGUCGCAGGCGUUCUGCAUGCACGUCACGGACGGGCUUGUGACCUCGUGCCCGACGCUCAACCGUGUCGCGUACUACGAUCUCAACAAGCGUUCCUGCUGUUUUGUGCGCUGCGAGCCCGCCGCGCGCUUGAAGGUCUCUGAGGAAGACAAUUUCGCCCUGGAGCCUUCCCUAUUCGACUCGAUGCAGCCUGCGUCUAGCGGAUGA